AUGGGGUUCUCUGAAUCAAGGCAUGGAUGCAAGAAGCACCCAGAUCACCAAGGAAAUCAAGGGGUUUGCCCAUCGUGUAUAAGGGAAAGAUUAUCUCGUCUUUGUUCAUCAUCUUCUUCAUACAAAGAAUCUAUGAAUUCAAGAGUCGCUCCUUCACUGCUUUUUUCUCCGGCGGACCAAAACCUUGGCCUUCCUCCUCUUCAGGGCCACUUCAAAUGGAAGAAGGAGAAGAAGAAGGAGAAGGAGAAGAAAGGAUUUUGGUCAAAGUUGGUUGGCUUCAAGAGGAAGAAGAAGGAUUCUCUUACGCAUUCAUCCAGUAUGAGGUUUAUUAUUGGAAGAGCGAAUUGA